UGUUGUUUUCACGUGCUUUUCUUUUUUAUUCUUUUUUUUUUCUCUCUGUCUUUCUUCGGUCAGCUUAGACACAAAGGAAGAAUGAAAGAAGAAAAUAGUAGCAUUCAAAGCGUGAAACUUUCCCUUCCAAUCAAACCCUCUUCUUUUAACCCCCCUUAGUACUACUUCACAUCAUUUUCAUUCCCCUCUGUUUUCCCUCACCUUUCCUCUCCAUGAACGUAAUUCAUUUCUUUUUUUUAAUUUUCUGUUAUUAUUCAUAUUAUCAAAACCAAGAAACAACCAUUUUUUUAAGUAUUUGGUUUUCAUAGAAAUCUGUUUGAUUCCUGAGAAAACCCUCUUUGCACCUUUGGUGUUACGUUCUGGUUGUAUUUGCAAAUCCAAGCCGAUCAACGUUGAGAAUUUUUUAUAUGUCUGUUCAUAUGGGUCGAAAGACGAAAAGCAAGCGGCUUCUGGUGUCUAAGGAAGUGCUCAAAUAUUUAACUUUAUGAUAGAGCAGUUUUUACUUAAUUUUUGCUGAAAGGAAUUCAGCUGUUCAGUUUUAGAUUUGAGAUAUUUUGGAGUUAUGUUAUUGACUUGGUGAAUCCAAUACCUUGCUGGUUGCUAGUAGUUUUAACAUUUAGGAAUGUUGGGAAGUAGUCUUCCUUGAAAUGUUUAAUGGAGGCCCUGCGGAAGAAGAGAAAGGGAUUGGAAGUGUUGCCAUCAUGUCGCAGGUCUUUUACUCCUGUUACAGUUGUUUGGUCUCACUUGUCGCUGAAAGAUUAUUCAAGGCAGAAAAAGAAGUGUAAGGAAGAUGAAAUUAAAGUAGCUGUUGGCUCCGUUAUGAGUGUAGUUAAAGGAAUUGCCACUGCCCCACCUUGUGGGAGUGCAUCUUUGGAACCACCCAAUAGGGGCAUUAAGAGGAAAAUUGGGUGUAUUGAUGCAGCAACUCAAUUUGGUUGUAAAACUAAUAUUGAGCAAGAUUAUGAUUUGGGUGCAACAAUUGGGAGUGGAAAGUUUGGAUCUGUUGUAUUGUGUCGAAGUAAGGUGAAUGGCGAAGAGUUUGCAUGCAAAGUAUUACGCAAGGGUGAGGAGCUUGUGCAUCAGGAAGUGGAGAUAAUGCAACACCUCUCUGGUCAUCCUGGUAUUGUGACAUUGAAGGCGGUAUAUGAGGAUUUGAAAUCUUUCUUUCUUGUGAUGGAGCUCUGCUCUGGGGGGCGGUUGCUUGAUCAGAUGGCUAAACAGAGGCGGUAUUCAGAGUAUUGUGCUGCUAAUAUACUCAAGGAACUGGUUCUAGUUAUCAAAUAUUGCCACGAUAUAGGUGUCGUUCAUCGGGAUAUAAAACCUGAGAAUAUCCUUCUCACAGCUUCUGGACAGAUGAAACUUGCUGACUUUGGAUUAGCUGUGAGGAUGUCAAAUGGUAAUUUUGUUUUUCAAAUUUCUUUCACUGGUCAGAGCUUGACAGGUGUGGUAGGGAGUCCUGCUUAUGCAGCCCCAGAAGUUUUAAUGGGCAAUUAUUCGGAAAAAGUUGACGUCUGGAGUGCUGGUGUCCUCCUUCACGCUCUCUUGGUUAGUGUGCUUCCAUUCCAAGGUGAUACUUUGCAUUCAGUAUUUGAGGCUAUUAAGAAUGUUGACCUUGAUUUUGAGAAUGGAACAUGGAGGUCCAUCUCUCAACCUGCACGGGAUCUGGUUGCCCAUAUGCUGACAAGAGAUGUUUCAGCAAGGUUAACCGCUGAUGAAGUAUUAAGGCAUCCAUGGAUAUUGUUCCAUACUGAAGCAACAUUGGAGAUGGUUGCUUUUAAGACAAAAAUGAGAAACCAUGGAAGGCUGACUUCCCAACAACUGACUGUCUCACCUGGGGUAGUGUCAAAGAGAAGGAAGAUAAUACCCAGUGGCUUUCUCAAUGAUGAUUCAUUCCAGUUUUUGUCAUCUGAUAGUUCAUCUACAAGGCCAGAAGUGCAGGACUCUGUGUUGGUUGAUGCUCUAACUGUUUCAAUUUCUCGCGUGAGGAUAUCUGAACCAAAAAGAACCAGGCUAUGUGGCCCCACUGGUCCUGUUCAACAAGAGUGUUCUUCUAACAUUAAGGGCAACAACCUCUGUACAGCAUUUUGAGUCCAAUGCUCAAAAGUGCUUAUAAUAAGCUGACCGAAGGUUUAACCGGAUGGCAAAUACUAAAGACAGUUAUGAUAAGUCUAAUUGGUAGGAUGUUUGACCUGACUGUCUGUUAUUUUUUGAGGAAAUCAUUUGUAUAACUUUGAUGUGAUUGAUUUGCUAUCUGGCUUUAGCAUAACUUGACCUACUGGAAGAAUAUGAUUUGCAGAUUUGCUAUGUCAAUAGAAACUGAAGUUUAUGGAUGCUGCCUUGUAAGGGGCAUGCAGUUUAGUUAAUCAUUUUUUUUAACAGAC